AUGGGGGUCGCGCUGCUUCCACAGGUCUCCCGGCGCUGGUUCCGCCUCACGAUUCUUCUCACCAUCUUCGCGCUGCUACUUUUUUAUCUCAGUACUCGGAGCCUAGGCACCCUCUCGGACUGCGCGCCCGGGGCGCAGCCCUGCAUCACCGAGGCACCGCCGCCUUUGCAGGUCCAGCGGCAUUCGGGAUCCCUGGAGGCCCCGGAGCGGGACGAGCCUCAGUGUCUGGGCCCCCGGGGGAUGCUGGGCCGCUUGAUGAGGCCGUUCCGCGCCUGUCUGAACCCCGAAGGGGACGUGGAGCUGUCGCAGUACCUGGCGGGAUGGAGGGAGCUAAUCAAGUUCCUAACUCCCUUCGGCUCCAUCUUCACCUUCGCCACAAACGAGGCUUUCUCCAAAGUGACAGCCCUCGAGGCUCGGGUGCACGGCCCAGAUGCCGCGCACUACAGAUCGCUGGUGGCCAUGGCGGCGUGGGAGCGGCGGGCGGGGCUGCUGGGGCGGCCCGGGAUCGCCCCCGGAGACUCGGGCUCGCGAACCCUGCUCCUGCUGCACCGGGCGCUACGCUGGUCCCAGCUCUGCCUCCACCGGGUGGCGACCGGGAAGUUCGGAGGCCCGGACGCCGGCGAGCAGUGCGGCGACGCCUACCGCACCGUCCUGGCCCCGCACCACAUCCUUAAGCCAAAAACCCUGUAG